AUGAAGGAGCUCGAGGAAAUGACAGAUCAGUACAUGCUGAGACGGGAAGACAAUUGCCACCGCGCUGACCUGCCGCCGAAGACAGAGCAAUGGGCCUUCAUACCACUUCGACCGGAUGAGGAUGAGCAAUACCGCAAAGUGCUUGCCCAGCCGUUCUCGGAUGCCCCUGCUGCAGCCUUCAAGCGCAUGCACGAGCUGCGUGGGAUCCUCGCUGGCGGUGCCUCGAGCAAGCUGGAAAGGCUGAGGGACAUGAUCCUGGGCAUGGAAGAAGAGGACGAGGCAGUUGUGGUGAGUGGCAGGAUAGAUGGCUCCACAACAACUUCUUCGCGAAUGGCAAACAUCGACGCUUUCAACACAGAGGCCAAUUGGAAGUUGUUCCUCUUGGCGAAGGCCUCACGACGCAUUUGGCGUCCUGGCCAGCGUCGGGCAUGCACCUUCCUCUCGAUCAGUCAGAACACAAUUGAGGAGAAGAUUUUGUUGCGAGCCUGCUCGAAGCAGGGCUGCUGGCCUUUGUGCCCGGCCAUCGCCAGCAGGCAGGAACUUCGCCGAGUCUUUGAAUACCCCGUGCCAACACUUUGGAGCGCCCUUGAUGGAGAAGCCCAAGGCACCGCUUGGAUCAAUGGCGUGGCUUGGAAGGCCAUGCAGCUUCCCAUUGGGCUGGUGAUGACCAAAUGCGCGGGCUUGGCGCAGGACUCUCAGCAGCAACCAUCUGCGGCGAACAUGCUAUCUGCUUCGACUCCUUCGUGCUCUGCCAAGAAGCCUGCAAAGAAGCGGGUGCGCGUGGCAAGUCAGGAGUUCGUGAAGAAGAACAAGUAUAUGUACACGUCCGGUGUCUACAGCUCCACAUGCGUGGCUGAAGAAGCUUUCGACGAAAUGGACGAGAGCUUCGUUGGAGGCGCGAAAAAGCGCGGACAGCUGAGCGCCGAGGCCACAGUCAUUCGUGACGCCCAAGGAGAGGAGGACACGCAGAAGUACGACUAUUUUGAAACUAUUUUGCAUGUGCGCUCGCAAAAUCUCACAUGCGAUGGGGAGGUACACCUGAAUGGCGCCACAGUGGAGGGGCUCGUCGAGGAAAUUGGCCAUAUCGUCAACGACAGCCUACGCAGUGCUGCAUUGCAGUCCGCGGCUACUGAACGGCUGGCAGAGCAGAAUCGCCAAAUUGCAGCACGAAACAAAGGCAUGCCAAAGGGAUCACCCGCUGCUGCUGCCGCCCCUCUGUAUCGUGGGUACACUCAAGCCCAAUAUGGGACGAGUGGAACCGCUCCCGCCGGUAUUGAUUGCCGUGCUGCGCUUUUGGUUGCGUCCUUUGUCGAAGCAAGACGGGCGGGACUCGAAGAGUUUCUCCAUCGCUGCCUCCGAAUCCCGCAGCUUUCCAAGGAGUGCCCUAUCUUCCUGCGGUUCCUGGAGUCUGCUGGCGAGGGCGACGGAAUCAGCCUCGAGGAGCUCCGACGAAGCUUCGAUGGCCGCAGCAUCGCCGAGAUGUGCGGUACCUUCCAGACAGCCUUUGCUGAUCAGCUUGCACGACUGGAAUCUCCACCCGACGACAGCAAGUUGUCGGAUGCCAAGAGCUUCCUGGAGGCUCACGUGGUCAAGCUGCGUGACCUGACGGUGGCACUACGAGAUGCAUGCGAUGCACAGAAGCACGCCACAGCCUUGGCCAGCACUGCCCAGGCCAGGUUUGCAUCAGUGUCUAGCAGUGACACCGCAGACGCUGCCCGGAAGCCGAGAUCGAUCAUUGCAGCGGCCUUGAAGCAGCAGGACGAGGUUUUUCAAGAAGCUCCCGGGUUUCACUACGACCUCCUCCUCGCUGCGGCUGAACGUGAGCUGGACGAGACGGAGGCCAUGCAGGAGGCACUCCUCGGCUUAGGGGCAUUGCACCAAAGGCUCGUGGAUGCCCAGCAGAAGAGAGUCUUCGUGGAGGUUGAGCAGAAGCGGCUCAGCAGCCGCACAGAUUCCGGAGAGCCCUCGGCGCUGGGGAAGCUUUUCGGGAAGAGGGACAAAACCACCAAGCUGGAAGAUCUCGCAAGCCAGCAUGCCCAGAGCUUGGAGGACGCCAAGUAUGCGGAAGAGUGGUAUGCUUCGGCGCGCGUUAUCGCAAUUUCCAGAGAGCUGGAU